AUGUUGGUCUUGACUAGACCGCUGGCGCCUCUAUGCGCAACUCCGCGAUUUGCCCGGCUUCGGAGCCCAGCCUAUUCAACCUCGAGCAUCCUCCUCGCCUCCCCCCGCCGAUCUAAUUACUUCAACUCAGGCUUCACGUCAAGCUACGAUCCGACACAGGACACCGGCCGCGGUCCCAUCUUCUCCAAGUCCAAGUUUGGCGUCCCGCAGUUCUACCCCCGAGAUCUGAAAAAGAGGGUAGACGACUACGUGGUGGGCCAGGACCGGGCGAAGAAGACCAUCUGCUCCGUCAUCUUCAACCACUACCAAGGGCUCCGGCGGCGUCAACACCACGAGCUGCAGGAUCAACAUCUGAGGGAAAAGAUCCAGAGACAAAAGUUUGCUCAGGACCGCGAGAUCUUUGAGCGCACAGGUUACAGCGCGCCUGUACACCCUGUCGAAGGUGGGCGAAGGCACUCUGAUCGUUCUGCUUAUGCUCCCAAAUCGUGGCGGCAGCAGACUAACAUCCGUCAUGUUGCUGAAGACGAAUUUCCCGGUCACCACGAGUCCGUACGGGGCACCCACAAUGAAGUUCUCGAAGACCCAUUUGAGGCACCCUCGGACAACUUUUACAUUCAGGAGGACCUGACGGUGCCGAACCAUGUCAAGAUUGACAAGAGUAACCUGCUCUUGAUUGGUCCUACGGGCGUGGGAAAGACGUAUAUCUUGGAAACCCUCAGCAAAAAACUCAACGUCCCCUUCACUAUCAGCGACUGCAACUCCUUCACCCAAGCAGGCUACAUCGGCCAAGACGUCGAAUCCUGCAUCGAGCGUCUCCUCAUCGAAGCCAACUACGACGUUAAGGCCGCCGAGCAUGGAAUCAUUGUCCUCGACGAGUUUGACAAGAUCGCUAGAAAAGAAACCGUCAACGGAAGAGACGUAGGCGGAGAGGGUGUUCAGCAAGCAUUGCUGAAGCUGGUAGAAGGCACCAAGGUCACCAUCACUGUCAAGGACAACCGGCCCUCUCGCACACAAAACCAGCCCCCCACCGGUUACGGAUCAACCACACCACCACAAGCGCCCCCAUCGGGGAAAGUCGACCAGUACACCAUUGACACCACCAACAUUCUGUUUGUUUUCUGUGGCGCCUUUGUAGGGCUGGAUAAAACCGUUCUGAGGAGGGUGUCCAAACCCUCCAUCGGGUUCGGUUCAGAAAUCCGAGGCGGGAGGUCAUUCUCCUCGACAAACAGUCUGAAGGAUAUCCUUCCUCUGGAAUCCUACCGCCAUCUCCCUCACCAACCAAUCUUUGAACCCAACUUCACCCCCCUCGACCUAACCACACCCGCGGAUCUCCAAGCCUUUGGCUUUAUCCCCGAGCUCAUUGGCAGGUUGCACAACAUCUGCGCGCUUAGUCCACUCUCUCUCGAAGAGCUCUAUCGCAUCUUGACUGAACCAAGAAAUAGCCUCGUGGCGCAAUACACGGCCCUGUUUGAAACCUACCCUAGCAAGCUGUUCUUCACCCGGUCGGCACUGUACGCCAUCGCGGAAAGGGCAGCGAAGAACGAGACGGGGGCGAGAGGGCUGAAGAUGGAGAUGGAGAGGGUGUUGGCGGAGCCGAUGUACGAUGCGCCGACGCCGUAUGUGCUCAUUACGGAGGCUUGCGUGAAGGGGGAGGAGAAGGCGGGGUAUUGGGGGAAGGAUGGGAAGAUGGAGGUGGAGAGGAGGAUUAGGGAGGAGGACGAAAGGAUGGUGAACGGGGGGGUGGAGGUGAGGUUGUCGGCUGAGGAGGCGAGGGAGGCGGCUGGGUUGGGGAGUGCAUAA